AUGACUUCGACUGUACAAUUCAAUCCCGUCAAGGAUGGCCGACGAAUUCUCGGAGAGAAAGACUCAAACGCGUGUCUCUCGCCCGCCAGACACGCCAAACAUUCAUUCCCAGCAAUAGAGACCCCGGAGAAGCGGGUGUCAGUUGCUGCUUCACCCAAGAAGCUCCUCCCAUCCCCCGUAUUUGCAGGCCAAAAGCGGACACGGGAGCAAGUGGACGAGACAGAAGAAAACCUCGGACACGUGCAGAAGCGGGAAUCCUCUCCGCACACCGGCGUCCAAUCGACAAACAAUGAUGAUAUGCAAAGCCAGCUCGUUCAGACACCCACACCACAGAACUCACAACCUGAACGCGAAGUACACGACCAGAUGGACAUGACCCAAUCCUCCAACGCGCCCAAUACCUCAGACCAAGAAACGCGUAGUGUCAUCCCCUCAGACACCAACGCGCGCAAAGUAUUCAUCCAACAAAAAGCAAGCCUCCUCCGAUCCAGACUCCAAAGCGCAAUGCACAAUGUCACAGACCACCAAUUCGACCGCCGAGUCUCCGAGCUAGAAGCACACAGUCGCAAAUGUCCACGACUCUCCCUCUCCGUCCUCGCCACCCCUCCCCUACCAUCCCGCCACCACUUCACAUCCUUCCCAUCCUCGCAGAUGAAGACACCCAGAAUCGGCUGCUCGGCCUUUAUCCCCACCCCCUCCCACAGCACCCCAGAUCUCCCGCAACCUUCCCCAUUGUCUUCUAGAGUCGUCCAGCAGCGCACAAAGUCACAACGGACACCGCCGCGCGGGCUUGGCUCUCCGAUGCAACUGAGCAGUCCUCCGGCUACGGUCGUCCGUCGGGAGCCUGGGAGGGAGAUGGAUCUGGGUCCAAGGGCUGAGAUGGGUAUGCAUCAUGUGCAUACUGUGUCGCCGUCACACAGAGGUGAUGCGGUUGAUGGGUUGCUGAAACUUAUGAGCACGACGGGGCAUCAGAGCUCGGACGCGUGGACUGGAUGA